AUGGUGGAUGAUCUCCAGUCGUCGGAAGAACUAGCAUUCGUCGCGGAAGAAGUCGACCGCAUUAUUCUUCAGUCCGUCGAGCACUUUUUAAAAGACCAAACAUACGACGAGAACGAGGUGUCGCACUGGGUCGACUCGAUCUGUGAUGGGAUCAUGAAAGGGCUGAGCGACUUGCGCAAACCACUGAAGUAUAUUGUCAGCUGCGUGAUCAUGCAAAAGAACGGAGCUGGUAUUCACUCUGCCGUGUCCUGCCACUGGGACACUGCUAUCGAUGGAGCUCACGUCGUGAAGUGGCCAAGCGACAAGCACAAAGAACACAAUCGCACGAUGUAUUGCAUCGUGACUGUCGGGGGAUUGGGAUUUUAA